AUGCCAUCUUUGUGGAUCAUCUGGAUCAUCGUUCAGGAGUACGGAUAUUCGCUGAUAUUCGCUUCCAGCAAGCUGUACGGCUCAACGAACCUACCGGAGGAUGCCCAUUGCCGGACGGGUGUUAAUCGAACACUUGUAGCGUCCUUCCCGGUAGCCAAACAGCAGUACAUCGAUUACAAGCUGCACUACGGUUUGCGGUACAAUCCAACCCGGCCAAAUGAUCGCAACGUUACGCAGGAGCAUCCGUUGCGGGAGCGCAAAAAGUUUCUACCGCCCAAGCAGCUAUCGUACGAGCCACCUUUGCUAAGCGUUUUUCACAUCAUUUCGUUUGUGAACGGACCGUGCGUACCGAGACAGCCACCGGCAAUAAUGGAGGGAAGCGUCCCAGGGGCCAACGGUACCAUAUGGACCGGUGUGUGCUAUCACGAGCAGGAGUGCAAUCUGCUGAAUGGCACGCCAAUGGGCAGCUGUGCCGGAGGGUUUGGAGUGUGUUGUGUGUUUCGGUACGGGUGCGACGGUAGGACGGAGCAGAAUGUAAGCUAUUUCCACAGUCCGAACUAUCCGGCGCCCGCUACGGAUGCUUUGCCGUGUGGUUUCACCCUAGCCCUGCAGCGCACCGUGCAGCAAGUACUGCUCGAGUUUCUGUUCUUCGAGCUGCAACCGCCACAGCUUGGUAACUGCGUGGAGGAUCAAUUUAUCGUCUCGGUACAAAACGACCAGCGUGUCUAUCCCGUGCUCUGCGGCAUCAACACUGGACAGCACAUGUAUCUCGACAUCGACCGUGCAUACUCACACCGUCUGUAUCUGAGCGCUGUGUUCAACUCCAAACAGCCGCGAGCCUUUCUCGUGAAGAUAACGCAGCUAGCAACGCCCCGCGCUCCAGCCAGCUGCCUGCAAUUCCAUGAGGGUGUGAGUGGUGUAUUGAAAUCAUUCAACUACGACAACAGUUCCGUGCUGGUGACGAACCGCAAGGCAAGCUAUUUUAACAAUCUAAACUACGCCAUUUGCAUCCGGCGGCAGCCAAUGUUUUGCAAUGUUGUGCUGACGACCUUGGACCCGGCAAACGGGAAGGAGAACAUAUUUCAGUUGGUUAACAUUGCGGAAGAUGGUAGCAGUAUCGUUCCAUCGAACCAGGCCGGCGUAGAACUGUUUAGCUGUCCGGAUGAUUUCAUCGCCAUCAAUUUCGUUCGUCUGUGUGGGGAACGUCUGAACGAUGGAAGUCUGGUGGCCGAUGCCAGUAUCAAUCAGCCAGUUAGGUAUACCAGCGCGGGUCCGAUAAUAAUAGCGGUUCAAACGGAUCAGGCGAUCGUCGGACGUGGUUUUAAGCUUACCUACACGCAGCUUGUCUGCACAGACAAAAUACGUUAGACA